AUUCGAUUCUACGCGCGUGGAUCGAUCCACGGCGAACUCCCGGUCUCGUGUUUCCCGCUCGACGUUUGAACGCCUUUGAGUCGCUCCUCUUCUCCAUCAUCAUCAUCAACCUCUUCCUCCUCCUCCUCGUCGUCGUCGUCCAAACCUCUUCACGGCCCCUUGCUCGCACAGGGCCCCGCCGAAAGAUGUCGCUGCUCUCCUCGCAGGGGUUGCGGGAUCUGUUCUCGCGGCUCGGCGAGGGCGCCUCCGCCUCUCCCGAGCCGGAGAAGGCCGCAGCAGCAGCCGCCGGCUCAGCGGCCGGCGCGGGAGCCGCCGGGACCCCCCCAGGGAGACCCCAACGGGGGACGGCGGUGGCGGCAGCGGCGGCAGCGGCGGCGAGCCGGGAGUUGCUGUUCUCCUUGGGGGACCACGUGUACGCCUGGGACGAGCGCGCCGCCGCGCUACUCCGCGCCGAGAGCGGACGGCGCCGCGGGGACGAGGGUGGACUUGAGACACUGCUGUGCUUGGACCCGCCGUCGUUCCGCGUGCAGCGAGUGCUGCCCUCGCCUUCUGCCACCUCGCUGGUCGCCCUGGUGGGUUCGCGUGGCCUCGUCGUCAUGCACCUGCCUCCGUACCCGCAAGCCGGCACGAAAGACUCGUGCACAAACUGCAGGGUAACGGUAGUGGCGGAGCGCCUGUUCACCAGCCGCUCGUCGCUGCGCCUGCUCGAUUUAAGCUGGUUCCCUGAGGAGGGCGGGACUGAGCCACAUGUCGUGCUGCUCACUUCGGACAACAUGAUGCGGAUAUAUGCCGUUGCUGACCCCCAUACCGCAGUGAAGGUGUUUUCGCUCACACCGGACCUAGAGGACUCCCCGAGCUUGCCACAAUCACGGUCUUCCUUUGCGUGCGCUCUGGGUGAGCGAGCCGUGGCGUUUGACUUUGGCCUAGCCCGACCCAAGCAAAACGAAGUGCCUCUUGUGCCUGGCGUGCCCACCAUGAGCAACGCGCGCACAUCCAGAAUUGCUCCUCCGGAAGAGACCGUGUUUCCCAUUUAUGUCUUGUACGAAACUGGAGAGACGUACGUCGUUCACACGUGCUUGAGUGGCAAGUCCCGGACGGGCGAUCGAGUUUUGGGGCCCCUGCCGAUGCACCCCGCGGCAGAAGACAACUACGGAUACGGAGCGUGCUCGCUGUUGUGUUUACGCAACUCCCCUUCCGUGCUCGUCAUCGCCACCGAGACGGGGACCGUGUACCACUGCCUGCUGCUCGAAGAGGCUCAGACGGAGGACGGCCUCCCGUACACGCUGUUUGUGUUUGACGCCGUGGAGCUGGAGCUGUCCCUGAAUCUACCUUCGAGCAGUGAGUUGGAGGAGCAGACGUUGGCAGACUUCACGUGCCCCAUCAGGCUUAGUCGAGACCCGCUGUGUGACAUGCGGUACCACUGCACGCAUGAAGCCGGUGUGCACAGCAUAGCCAUCACGUGGCUGCCUUCCAUCCAGACGUUCGUCGGCAGUCCGGGCGAGGAGAAAUCCGAGGAUGAGCUCACGACGCUGGCGGACGAUCACCCCUCUGUAGUUGAGCAUGUGCUGUGCACCCGGCCAUCGGCAAACAUGCAUGGCCCUGCAGUUCAAGGAGUGUGCAUUGUACGUGACUUAUCUAUGGGAGCAGUCAUCCUUUGCCUUACUUCCAAUUACGAAGUCGUCACAAGACCGCUGCUUAUGUUCACCUGGCAGCCCUCUGCACUGCUCAUUGAUCAAGCGUCCACGAGUCAUAAUGGUGACGAGGCAGAGGGCUCGAGCGUGAGGGUGGCGUCGCAUUCGUUUCGGGAGGAAUCGCUGGAGCAGCGCAUCCAUAGCAUUCUACAGCGAGACACGAGAAAUCCCAUACUUAGGUGUGGCUCCCAGGCACAGCUAUCGCAGUGCGAGUGUCUACAGCUCGUCACGCGUGCAGUGCAGGUGUUUCGGGAAGAGAACAUUCUGAAACUGGACUUGGCGCGCGAUGCAAUCUUGCGCAGAGUACGGGGAAUGAAGCAGCAGAAAGAAAAACAGAUGGAAGAUCUGAAACAGAUUUCUCACCAAGCGCAAGAGCUACGGAAAACGGCUGAAUGUCUCGUGGACAAGUCUGAGGAUGCACGAGAGAGGCAAGAGGCUCUGGUGGAGAGAGUGCAUCGCGUCCUGCGGGGAGCGCACGCGUGUCUGCCCGUCCUCUCGGACAGAGAGCGACACGCUCGCAGCGAGAUCCAAACAAUCACCGAUCAGGUGGAGGAGCUCCAGCGAUCUAUCGAACAGGUGCUGAAUAAGCGUAACUAUCAGCAGAAGAAGCUCAUCGUCCGUCCGAAUAUGGAGAUGCAGGCGCAAAACGUGAUGACUCCCAAACAGAUCAGCUGUGUGCAUCGCCUCCUUGAAAAAGAGAACAGGUUAAUCGUAGAUCUUGUGAAGAAAAUCAACCAAAUAAAAGUGCAGAUAAACGUGUGAAUGGAU